AUAUACGGUUCUGGCGCCUGGCGGCUUGUCGCUCUUGCGCAGGGGGCAGGCAACAAGGAGGCGGCUUGGGUUGUAUCAAAAUAUAAAAACUCCGGACAUGCCCUAUUUUCCUGCCGGCUACUGACGACACCAGAACUAGAAUUCCAUGGCAAAAAGUAUUUUCUAUUGAGAUCUGGGAAUGUUUCUAGACCUACCAUCCGAUAUUGUCUACCAUAUCGUCAGUUUUCUGUCCACCGCCAGCUGUGUUCAUAACCUCGCCCUAACCUGCCGGCGACUACACGAGAUUAUCUCCGCAGGGAAUUACCGCAUUUUUCAGGCGUUCGUACAAAGCCGUUUUGAGUCCAUUGAUGUCCCACCGUUCUGGGUUGAUGCGGCUCGUGCCCUAACUUCACGGUCGAGGGCUUUCGAUCGCAAAGCAAUUAUUGGCCGUUUUGUUCUACCUCCUCAAAAUGCUCGGCGGAUCGGUCACCCAAGGACGGUCCGGACGGAUCACCCAACGCUUGGAUAUAGACCGGUAAUUGAUAGCUACGAAGUCUGGUGUGGCAAUAACUGGCAUAGUAGGAAAGAAGUCCUCGUCUGGGGUGCCGGCGCGGACUUAAAUAUCCGUGUUACGGAUUUGAGCCUUUAUGGCAAAAAUAACAAAAGGGAACAUCGAGUUGAACCUGACAUUGAAGUCGCAAGGCACAGAAGGAGUAUUGGAAGAAGUCGAGACGGUGUGACCUGGGCUGUUUUUAAUGAUCUUCACGGGGUUAACAGCUGGGAUGAUAUUGCUGGGGUUCAUGCUGUACCCUCAACAUACGGGGAACCAGGUACUGAGAGCGAAGAUAUCAUAUUCGGACGUCGUAAUGGAAGCCUUCUUCGAAUGGCUAUUUCUCCAGGGACGGGAAGCAGCGUUCUGAAGAAACGUUACAUCACGGGAGAAUCAAAUAGUCUCGAGAAAACAGAUCUGAGUGCGGGGCCUCAAAGAUUGCUGGCUGCAACUCUAGGAAGACGGGCUAUUGCCUUCUUCAGAGCUGAUGCCGAAGAAGAUGAAUUGCAACCCUUAGACAUACUCAAAACUACUGCUCAUGGUUUUGCUAGGCAUAAAUGCUCACGGCUUUUAUGUGAUGAACGAAUAGCUGUUGGAUCCGACAGCGCCAUUGAUACAAUACGUGUCUAUGACUUGACGCCCACCGGUGUCACCAGAACUCGUGAUUUCAAAAUGGAUGAUUCCGAUGAGGGUGGUCUAAUGAGAAAGUCCCAAGUGCAAACAAUUGAACCUCUGCCAGUGACAUCACGUACUGGUGGAAGGGCAGGAGAUCUCUUCCUGGCAGGGUGGGAGGAUAGUAAAGUCCGGCUUCAUGACUUGCGUUCGCCAAAACCUUACGUUUCCUCCUAUAUCGAUACCGUGGAUGACAGUCUGAUAUAUGUCAUCCAACCAAUAGGGCGCGAAUGCUUCCUUGUUGGCAGCGGUAUAAAUGCCACUGUCAAAUUUUUCGACAUGCGCAUGCCGAAUAGAUAUUCUUAUCUGGAUGCUCGCCCCGCUCCCUUACAUUCGCAGAACCACCAGAAUCACCACUACCGCCAAACGAGCAAUGGCUUCCACAAUUUCCAGUUGCAAAACGUAGAAACCCCAGCUUCAGAGAAAAUCUUGAAAGACUCACUACGCUACCCACGCCGCGACGUUUCCGUAUUCCUCUCCAACCGCCCACCCGUCCGUCCCUCGAACCGUGCGCCUCUGUUCCGUGACAACCUCCGUUACCGGGGACCGAUAUACACCAUGUCCGUUCCUUCUCCAUCCUCCUCAACAGUCUACGUCGGCGUGGAGGCAAACGUAAUCCGUCUCGAUUUUGCAUCAACGGACGACAUCACCGGUCCACAUCGGCAAUGGUAUGAACAGAAUCUCGGGCUCGGUUUGGACGUGGAUGCUACUGCAUAUGCGGACGCAAAUGCCGGUAUAGGUAACCAUCUACCUGUACAUUCGUCCAGCUCUAGUGUGCGCCCGUUUGAUCUGUCGUGCUAUGAGCGGCCAUUACCCGAGGAUAGGGGGAAGGGAGUUAAGUUGAUGAUGCAGCAUUCGUUACAUAAAGUCGUGGGGAGUUGGGAAAGGGACGGCGAUGGAGCCAAUCAAGGAAGGGUUCCUGGCUGGGAUCCGCGCUGGUGGCAGCCGUUGGUUAAAGGGAAGAAGAGGGUGAGGGGGAGGCGGACAAGGGCUUGACCGAUGGAUGGAGAUUUCUGUUCAGUAUUCUGGGUUAUAUUAUCGCGGAAGUCCUGUUAUAUAUAUUUAAUUUGGUUCUCAUUGCGUUGGUUCCCUAUCCAUGUUAUCCGAGUUCAUAUAGACGCUUAGAUUUAUAUUGCCUCCUAGAAAUUCUAGCGCAUGGAAUUUCCUUCCAUAUCUAGAGUUUACUACUGAUGAUUCCAUAUAUAGCUUGCAUUCCCACCAGCAGAAUGGAUAUUACUGAGCAUUUAGCGCAAGAUGGUAAGUAACUAGUAAAACAAACGGUUGCUGGCCUCAUCUUGCAGAUUAUAUCUCAAUAUAGGUAAUAAAGACGGUGUGUUCUGACAUUCUAUCUCGCUAGAACGCUACAGGAUUUACUGAUCUAAUUUUUGGUAAUAGAGGUUUCAUAACAGCAAAUUAACGAACCGUCCAGCCAGCGUACAGGAAAAGUUCCAACUUGAUAGGUCGUGGGGGUGGCGAGACCUGGAGAAUUAAUGAAGUCAACGGAACACAAAGGAAGAGACUCUGGUAUGGGAAUGAAAAAUAGCAAACAAAGAGCUAGCUGAAGAAUAAAAUAUUUUUUCUUCUUUUGGUAAGUCGCG